AUGACAUCAGAAGUAGACGUAGAUGAGCUUAUUAGUAGGCUUCUGGAGGUCCGAUCAUCCAGACCUGGGACUACUGUAAAUAUGAAGGAAGAAGAAGUCCGAUAUCUAUGUGUUACUUCACGACAAAUUUUCUUAUCACAACCUAUUCUGUUGGAAUUACAAGCUCCUUUGAAAAUUUGCGGUGAUAUUCACGGCCAAUACACAGACUUAUUACGUCUUUUCGAAUACGGUGGUUUUCCUCCAGAAUCUAACUACCUGUUUCUUGGAGAUUAUGUGGACAGAGGCAAGCAGAGCUUAGAAACUAUUUGCCUUCUACUUGCGUAUAAAAUUAAGCAUCCAGAAAACUUUUUCCUUCUUCGUGGGAAUCAUGAAUGUGCUGCUAUUAAUCGGAUAUAUGGAUUUUAUGAUGAAUGUAAACGGCGUUUCAGUGUUCGAUUAUGGAAAACGUUCACUGAUUGUUUUAACUGUUUACCAAUCGCUGCAAUUGUAGAUUCAAAAAUAUUUUGUUGCCAUGGUGGAUUAUCUCCAGAUUUGCAAAAUAUGGAUCAAAUACGACGUAUCAUGAGACCGUCAGAUAUUCCUGAUACAGGACUUUUAUGCGAUAUUUUAUGGUCAGAUCCUGAUAAAGAUGUUAAUGGUUGGGCUGAAAAUGAUCGUGGUGUGAGUUUCACAUUCGGUCCAGAUGUAGUUACUAAGUUUCUCAACCGACAUGAUAUGGAUUUAAUUUGUCGAGCGCAUCAAGUAGUUGAAGAUGGUUUUGAAUUUUUCUGUCGUCGUCAGUUAGUAACCUUAUUUUCUGCACCAAAUUAUUGCGGUGAAUUUGAUAAUGCCGGUGGUAUGAUGUCUGUAGAUGAGAAUUUAACAUGUUCAUUUCAGAUACUUAAACCAUCUGAAAAGAAGGCUAAAUAUCAAUAUCAAGGUGUAAACACUGCUGGCAAUCAAGCCAGAUUGCCUGCUCGUAUACCAUGA